AUGAAUAAAGGGGCGUGGUACUUUGGUGGCGAUCGCAAGUACAUGCGACAGUACGGCGACUGGAACUUGAGGAAUGAUGAGCUAUCACCAGUAGUCUCUCCUCGAAACAUAUUUCUGUCCGCGGAAUGGAUGGAGGAGGCCUCCAGAAAGGUGGAUCUAUUGCUGCGCAUGGACCACGCCCGGUAUGUAGAAACGCUCCAAGCAGACAUGCAGCGCCGGGAAGAACAUUGGGGACCAUCGCGGCCUAUCCUGCGCAGCUUGGUUGACGCUGCUCAAGCUGUGGCCGCUGCUUCUGAGCUGCGUAGCGUGGAGAGGAAGCUUGCAUAUGUGGUGUUGCUGUACGGUGGAGCUUGGGCAUACCUGCUUGCACGCCUGGUGCGACAUUUGUCGCAGUUGCGGGUGGUUCACCCGCUUCUUGUUAUAGCCAUUGGAGAAGACGCAGCCAACGCAUGUCGAGAGCAAGCAUCUGCAGAAACGUCAGUUGCAGACGUGCAGGUAAUUUGCUGGAUUCCAGACACGAUGUCCCAGGUUCACCGCUUUACUUGUAUCCAUGGACUUCUACAUCUUGGCAUCGAUGUCCUGUACACAGACAUGGACACGUUUUGGCUCCGAGACCCCACGCGUCGAAUACUUUCGUCCGCUUCGGAUUGGGACACUCUUUUCGCUCGCCAUGGGGACGCAGAUUGCAUCAACAUAGGCGUCUUCUACCUGCGAGCUUCUGCCAAGACAGCCCUGUGGAUGUCCCAGUUUAUGGCAUGGUAUCAUGACCAUGUCUUCGAAAUUGACCAGCGCGGGCUCCACAUAUUCUCGGGUCUACCAACUGGGGAAAUGGAGGUCUCUUACUAUCCCAAGGACUUGGUACAGCUUCGCGGAUCUGUUUUGAACGAUACGAAUGAGGUGGUCAUCGGAAGGGUGGGCUGGCAAGGCACCCUCUCGAGGAUGCUAAUCUUCCACUGGUGUCAUGAGCCCAUCGAGCUCAAGGAAGGCGAGUUGAAUGCAGCUUUCGAUGCUUCUGAAAGCCUGGCAGCACACAAUUUGCCAGUAUCCUUGGCUCUCUCAGUUGUCUCUGGUGCAGUGUCUGAGACUCGCUGGGCAUCCGUGUUGCACCUGCGGCGCAUCUUUGAUGCUUAUGAGACGAAAGUGCCGAUCAACCGAACCCCUUGCUGGUAA